AUCAGAAAGAAGUAAAAAACAAACCAUUAUCACCUUCAAUUAAAGAAGAAGAAGAAGAAGAAGAAUCAGGGACAACUAUGGGAUCGGAAUUCCAAGUCGUGUGCGUCACCGGCGCCGCCGGGUUCAUCGGCUCGUGGCUUGUCAUGAAGCUGCUCGAGCGUGGCUACACCGUCCGCGCCACCGUCCGCGACCCCAAUAACAUGAAGAAGGUGAAGCAUCUGCUGGACCUGCCCGAGGCCAAGACGCGCCUCUCGCUGUGGAAGGCCGACCUCACCGAAGCCGGAAGCUUCGACGAGGCCAUCAAUGGCUGCACCGGCGUCUUCCAUGUGGCCACUCCCAUGGAUUUCGAGUCCAAGGACCCCGAGAAUGAAGUGAUAAAACCGACGGUGGAGGGUGUCCUAAGCAUCAUGAGGGCGUGCGCCAAGGCCAAGGUCCGCCGGCUCGUGUUCACCUCCUCGGCCGGGACCAUGGACGUCCAACCGCACCGGAAGCCCGUCUACUACGAGGAUGACUGGAGCGACAUGGACUUCGUGCUAGCCACGAAGAUGACCGGAUGGAUGUAUUUCGUAUCAAAGACGAUGGCAGAGAAGGCGGCUUGGAAAUUUGCGGAAGAGAACAACAUUGACUUCAUCAGCAUCAUACCAAGUCUUGUUGUGGGCCCCUUCAUCAUGUCUUCGAUGCCACCUAGUCUCAUCACCGGCCUAUCGCCAAUCACAAGGAAUGAAGCUCAUUACUCCAUCAUGAUGCAAGGUCACUGCGUCCACACCGACGAUCUCUGCGAAGCCCACAUCUUCUUGUUCGAGCACCCGGAAGCCAAGGGGCGGUACAUCUGCUCCUCCCACGACGCCUCGCUCCUCGAGGUCGCGAAUUUGCUCAGGAAGAGAUACCCGGAAUACGAUGUCCCCACGGAGUUCGAGGGAAUGGAUGAGGGGAUGGAGAAGGUCUCUUUCUCGACCCAGAAGCUGCUGGACUUGGGGUUUAAGUACAAGUACACCUUGGAGGACAUGUUCGUCGGAGCUGUGGAAACAUGCAGAGAGAAAGAGCUGCUUCCGCUUUCACGCGAGAAGCAUACGAACGGCGCUUGCCACUGAGACGUUUCUCCGUCGCUGCCGCUGCAGCCACCGCUGCCGUGCUCGUCUUUUUUCCUCGUCAUCUCGUGUUGUGUGUGACCGAUCAAUGGAUUGGAUUUAACCCCCCUUCUUUAAAUUCCCACAUGGCAUUCACUCGUUUAUGGUAAAGUCAAAAAGUUAUAGAGGAGAGAAUGCACCUUGUACUGCUGAUUCAAGAACUUGGAUAAUAAAUUGUGUUACAAUAUGCUGUCCAAUGCUCUUUUCUUCA